AUUUCUCAGGCCUAAUACAAUCUUUUCUUUUAUGGAAGUUGUAUUGGUGAGAUCUCAGAAACAAGUAUCAUGGGUUGAUUGAUCUCUCGUCGUCGUCGGAGCGGUGGGAUCCCAUGGCUUGGGGAAACAAUACUGCAACCCAAUGCGACAUCUUCCCCAGCCCCAUUACGCCUCUCUCCGACUGGGUCUAUUGAGCUCUGUCUGCCUUUUUCUUCUUGGAAAUCUUCUUCCUCCACCUCCAGAUCUACGGAGUGAAAAUACACUAUUACGACGAAUUCGUCUACAUAGUCAGCACCUCAAAGGUCUUUUAUGUGCAUACCGGCCUUAAAAACGAUUUCCAGAGCAAGCAUAUACACUCCAUGACGACAACACCGUUCCGUCUAGACAACUGCUUCGCGACUCGGGUUGAAACACCAUGAUCAACAUUGGAAACGACUCGAUCCCUCCUUUUUCUCCGCCCUGGGAUGAGCAGGUACGCUUUGAUCGAGACAUUCCCGCAGCCGUCUCGGCCUCACAGCAAUCUGUUGCGCACGACACGCCUUCAACCACCAGCCACGUCGAUGAUCAGACGAAAGUGAUACUGCCAUACGCGAUUGAAGAACCCGAUGAUGAGCCUACCGACGGCUGGGAAAAUUCAAGUGAACGACCCAGAUCGGCUUUACUUCUUGUCGGAGGUUUGGACAAUGAGCAAGGUGAUCUGGCGGAUUCAAUUGAGGGCCUUUACUGUGAUUCCGACCCUACCAGCCGCCGGUCAAGUUUCGCCGCCAAACGGGGAAUGAAGCGGAAGCCGUCGAGUGCGCCAAUCGCAUCGAACCGUCCGAUUCGGCCGCUUUCCACCAACAACGCAACAGUCACUUCAGAAACAGUACCCAGUGGACGUGCUAAACGACAACGUAGGCGAAGCCAGCAUUCAAGGAAUCAGUUGGGCUUAUUCACUGAUGUAUUCUGGCAUGGGGACGGCAGUGAGACCGGAUCAUCAGGCGAUUGCGACUCUCGAUCGCCUUCCACCGACUUCAGUAGUCCCCGUCCUCAUGAGCCCACCCCCACAGAUCAGAUGGACAUCGACUGAGAGCGCGUAACAAUAGCUCCCAGGGAUCGUCUAUCUAAGCUAUACAGCUCGCUUAUUGCUUGCUGGCUCUCGCGCAUCACAGCAUGUGACACGUGACGUAGUGCGGCCGCGCUAUGCCGGAAAGGGCUGGACCCUUCGAUGACGUCACGAGAUUCUCAUCGUCGUCACUUAACACUGCUCUCG